AUGGGGCGAAUUGUGCAGGAAACUUGUGAUGCAUUGUGGAACGCUCUUUCCGAGCAAGGAUUUUUGCGUGUCCCUUGCAAUACCAAUGACUGGAAAAGAAUUGCAAACGAUUUUGGACAGAUGUGGAAUUUCCCUCAUGCACUCGGGGCUUUGGAUGGAAAGCAUGUUGUGAUGCAAGCACCAGCACGUUCAGGCUCAAUUUUUUUUAACUAUAAAAAAACUCACAGUAUUGUGUUGCUUGCUGUUUGUAAUGCUCGGUAUGAAUUUACAUUGGUGGACAUAGGAGACACUGGUAGGCAAGCUGAUGGCAGCGUAUACACAAACAGUUACCUUGGCCGAGCAAUUCAGAAUGAUUUGCUUAAUUUCCCUCAACCAAAGGCCUUGGAAAGUUGCCCAAGCAAACCAUUCCCAUAUGCUUUCUUAGCAGAUGAUGCUUUUGGUCUUAAACCAAACCUCAUGAAACCUUACCCCAACCAGUAUUUACCUCUAGAUGAGAGAAUUUUUAAUUAUCGACUGUCAAGAGCACGGAGAGUAAUUGAAAAUGCAUUCGGUAUUGCAACAACUCGUUUUAGAGUUUUUCGCAGGCCAAUCAUUGCAACAGAGCAAAAGGUCGUCCUUAUCACCAAAGCAGUUGUGGCUCUGCAUAAUUUCCUUAUGAGCCUUACUCUAAGUCAAAGGAGCAACUCAUACAAUUAUUGCCCGGCAAAUUAUGUGGAUCAAGAAAAUUCAUGUGGUACAACUCCAGGUGAGUGGAGAAACCAUGACAGUUCAGAUGGCUUAAUACCUACUGCUAUAUGUCAUGAUUUGGGAUUUUAAAAAUGUUUUAUCUUUGGUAUAUUUUAUGAAGAAAUGCAAUAUAUCUUUAUAAGAAAAUAUACCAUCUUCAUAGGAUUAUCAGCCACCAAAGUUACCGGAUAUGACAUCAAAUCGGGAAUAUUAUACGCUUGAAACAAAAGAAAUCUAAUUUGCAAUUCCCGGUUUGAUGUCAUAUCCGGUAACUUUGAGGCCUGAUAAUCCUGUGAAGAUGGAAUAUUUUCUUUUAAAGAUAUAUUGCAUUUCUUCAUAAAACAUACCAAUGAUUGCAAAUAAUAAUUUACACAAAUCAUGACAUAGGCUUUAAAUUGUUAUUUAUAUUUUGAAAACUGAUCUUGAAUAAUGUUAAUGAUAUUUUAUUGAAUGAACACUUUGAAAAAGAUUUUAUUAAAUUAUACUUAUAACAUUUCAAUAAAAAAAUAAUCCUGUUAAAUAGGUUAUCUGCACUGUUACAUAAUAUGUACUGUUACAAACAAAAUGAAAGUGGUGAUACCUAAACAACAUUGUCAUCAUUGUAUUCAAUGUCAAACAACAACUGCAUGGUUGAUUUUAAUUUUUGCCAGCCUCUUCUUCUUAUUUGGCAUCCCUCUCAGAAUGGGAACCAGACUCCGACAAUAUAACAAAUCUUCAUCCUCUGCCAUCUUUUUGUAUGAAGCAUCAGUGUCACUCAACUGCUUCAAGAGCAUCAGCUCUGCUACAUCCCUGUUCAUGCGAUUGCCACUUCUGUUUGCGGCAAACAAUUCUGUACAUGGUGCUGGUCGUUUGCUUGCUCUCGUUGCUUCUUGUGGCGUGUGGGAAGUCGUGGGAAAAUCGGCAGUCAGAGUUAUACUCUGA